AUGCCUCCAUGGGUGGCCUUUGCGCCGCGAUUGACGUCGCUGACCAGGGAAGGAGUAAUUGAGCGCCUUCCGGCCGUCCUUCGUUGCAGUCAUGCAACAACACGCUCAUUGAACCUCCGGCGCUCCGCAUCAACACAUGUCUCGCCCACCGCCAUAAACUUGCGCCCCAACAUCCCACCACGGAAUAAGGAGCUGUACAACGCUUUGUCAGCUUUGAGCGGAGCUGCAGAGACUUAUGUCAAUAUAAGCAGGCUGCAAUUGGCGCUUGGUGGGCUGGCGGCGCAAGAUGCCGUCACCAGAGUUGCCAUACUCGGCCUGAAUAGUCAAGUCAGUGCGCAGCGACUUGCGCGCCUGCUCCUUGCGGAUCCGUUAGGCAAUGAAGAAGUAUGGGAGCAAGAGCUCGAGAAAGCUGGAGACGGGAACGAGAGAGCAGUGCUGCUGAAAUUCGGCGACGAGAACGAUGUGCACCGACCGACGCCACUGUACAAAGUCCUUUACGCGCCCUCGAGGGUCCUGCGAGCGCAUAACCUGGAGGUCCUGAUCUCGACGCUGAACGUCAACACGGCGAAGAUGAUUACGACGGCUUCAACGGAGAGCUCAGAGGAGUCAGUGCUGGUACCGAAGUUGCAAGCUACCUCUGCGAGAGGAACGCCGGUACCGUACCCUGUGCACAAGACACUGAUACUUGGUGAGGGACUUGAUAGCGCGCUCGCAUUUGGAAGGUUCAGCUCGGGCAGUGCUGAGAAUAUGCGCACCAUGGUCAAGGUUGCUGUAGACCUGCCUGCGCCGCAAAAAGAGGUGGAUGCAGACGCGCAAGCUGAGUGCGCAGUGGUCAACAUUGAAACUGGCACGCAGGCUCUGGCAAGCUUCCGCGAGUCCGUGGCAAAUUCACAGAUCUUCGAGCGUGGCUGGUUCAGGAGCGGUCUGCCCUCGCUCUCACAGUGGCUCGCCGCCGACCUACAACCUGCCGAACCACUCAAGCCUGCGAUGAGGACCCUUGUAACCUCCAUCGUGGAUGACGUUGAAGCAAAGCUUCUCAAGCUAGAGACAGCGCGCCUCACCCUCCUCGCAUCAAUACCCACUGACCGCGAGGCUACAGCAGCAAUCACGAGUGCUCUGGAUGCGUGGGCUGAGAAAAGCCACACCGAGCUCCGCGACGAACUCGACGAAGCCUUCUCAGCACGCAACUGGUACAAGCUAUCAUGGUGGAAGCUGUUCUGGCGCGUCGACGACGUGACAAUGCUCUCGCAAGAGAUCAUCGAACGGCGCUGGCUGAUCAGCGCGGAAAAGAGCAGCAUCUUCCUCGCCGGUAGGAUGGCACAAGCUGGUUUCCCCGAAGACCUACAACAAGUCGUUGUACAAAACGAGAUCCCUGUGACGACAACAGAAACAGCACCGACGCUCGACAACCAGCCCACAAACCUCUCCACUGAAGUAAGGAAAUUACAGCCGUGGUCCGGGAACAUAGCAACGGCCCGUCAGGAAGUCAUCGACGCGAACGUCCCACCACUCCAGGCGCUCGCCCAGCAACUCAUCCUCCAGACAAUGUCCACAACCUCCCUCUCCAGCGCACUCUCAGCACUUCUCUACGUCUCAUCCAGCUGCUCCGUCUUCGAAGCCAGCGCCGUGGCAGCACUCGGUCUCACUUUCUCGCUGCGCCGCAUGCAGAAGCUCUGGGAAGGCGCAAGAGAGAGCUGGCAAGGCACGGUUAGGGAGGAAGGGAGACGCACGCUCAAAACUACAGAGGAUUUGGUCAGAAUGAUCAUUAGGAGUAAGGAGCAGGGGAAGGUGCAGAUUGACGAAGGCGCGGUGGAGAGGAGGCAGGUGAGGGAAGUGGUCAAGGCUGUGAGGGAGGCGUUGGCCAAUAUGCAACAACCUGAGGAGAAAUAG